CCAUCCCACCCACUGGGCCCGCCCCCAUCCCUCCCCGCGGCUCCUGAGUCCGGCGAACGGCGGGGGCGGGGCCGCGCGGUUGCCCUGGCGACGCGCAGCGUUUGUGCUCGGAGGAGUGCCGGGGCGCCGCCAUGGCUGGCCCACAGCCGUGCCAGCCGAGGUCGGUCCGGUGCCGCUCGCCGUCGCCGCCCGAGCCUCCGCUGCGGGUGAAGGUGGUGGGGCUCUUCAAAAGCGCCAGCUUUCAGAUCGCGAAGAGCGCAGCCGAGGUAACCGCGAAGAAACCGCAGCGCCGCCGGCCGGCCCUUCCCGCUUCCCCGUCUCGCGCCUCCUGGUGGCCGGGGUCGAUGUUCGGAGACGAGGUGUUCCGGGUGGGCGGGCUCAGUCUGGACGGAUCCGAGCAUACCGGGGACAAAGGGCGGGUCCGGGCGGGCGUUCCACUUCGAGAAGGGCGACCUUUAAUGGGGGAUCCGAGCGAAAGAAGCCUUCAGAAACUGGCUGGGAAAAAAAAGAGUCUCAAGAAUACUUAUCCAUCCAAAUUCGAAGAUCCUGUAAUAGUGCCUCUUCAAGAAUUUGCAUGGGAUCAAUAUCUACUGGAGAAAAAAAGGGAACUCAAGAAUGAAGUCUGGGAAUAUUCUUCCUAUGUGAUGUGUUUUGUUAAUGAUCAGCUCCUGGGUGAUGCCCUUGACCUUCAGAAAUGGGCCCACAAGAUCUGGGAUAUAAUUGAUUUCAGGCCGCCUGCACUUUACGAGGCACUUACUGUGGAUUUUUCUACUAACUUCUUAAGAGACACCAAGCAUGAUUUUGUCUUCCUGGACAUUGCCAUUGAUUUUUAUCCAAUUGGAAGACUAAUUUUUGAGCUGUACUGUGACGUAUGUCCCAAAACAUGUAAAAAUUUUCAGGUCUUAUGUACUGGAAUAGCAGGAUUUUCUCAAAGUGGCUUCAGGCUACAUUAUGCAGGUUCAAUCUUUCAUCGAAUAGUACGAAAUGGCUGGAUACAAGGAGGAGAUAUAGUAGCUGGAAAAGGAGAUGGUGGAGAGUCCAUUUAUGGACCAACAUUUGAAGAUGAAAACUUUACAAUUCCUCAUAAUAAAAGGGGAGUUCUUGGAAUGGUCAACAAAGGCCGUCACAGCAAUGGGUCACAAUUCUACAUCACACUACAACCAACUCCCUAUCUAGAUAGAAAAUAUGUGGCUUUUGGGCAAUUGAUUGAAGGAACAGAAGUUCUUCAACAACUGGAAUUGGUUCCAACAGAGAAUGAAAGACCAAGACAACAAUGUAUAAUUAUUGACAGUGGAGAUCUGUAUACCUGAUUUUCACAUGAAUAUUUUCUGACAAUUUAUUAUUACGUGUCUGAUCAGCUGUUUCUAGAUUUAAUUAAACAACGCUUGAUAAAAAUUAGUUUGAAAACUGUGGCAGAUGCUGUAGGUUGGCUCACGCAACACCCAAUCCCUCCCCAUUUUCCUUUCUUGCCUCUGCUAUAGAGACUAUAAAAGCAAAAUACUCAAUUUCCCAGCCUCUUUUGCAGCCAGGAAUGACCAGAGGGUACCCCUCUGGCCAGUGAGACAGGAGAAGAAUGCCAGUGGUCCUGUCCCUUCCCCUUCAUGCAAUCUUGAAUGCAGAGGCUACAGCCAUGAAGGAAAGGCCAAGAUAACUGCAGGCAUGUCAGCACCAACCUGAGCUGCAGAACCAAUACCAGCACCCACCGUCUGUCUCCGGCCUUCUUACUGUAUGAGACAAACAGAUCCCUGUUUAUGUUACUGUUGGUUGAGUAUUUUGUUACCUGUAGCCAAAACCAUUCUUAAUUUAGCUGCAGUACCUAAUGGCCUUUGAAUCCUAAAACGUUUGUAAUAGAAUUUAUGUUGUUGUUUGUAACUACAUUUCUGCCGUGAGAAACGUGGUAAAUAACCAAAUAGGAGAGAAGCAACAGAAGAAAAUUCAUUGUAAGAUUUCAUUGUUUAUAUGUAGCAUUCAAAAAAGGGUAUAUAGUCAUGUGCUUAAGGAGGGGGCUAUGUUCUGAGAAAUGCAUGAUUAGGUGAUUUUGUCACUGUGCGAACACGAUAGCGUGCACGUACACAAACCUAGAUGGUAUAGUCUGCUGCAGACCUAGGCUGUGGUACUGAUCUUAUGGGACCACCAUCG